UAUGUUUCUUCUACGUGUAUGUAUUUAAUAUACAUAGAUAUUCAUAUCUAAUAAUGUAUAUAUGUAUUGUUAUACCAUUAGUUGUCUAUAUACAUUGCGUGUGCAUCAAUCUCCUGAAAGUCUAAGUACAUGUGUAGGAGAUAUGCAUAAAUGCAUUCAUAUAGUCAUGAGUCAUGACUGUCGAAUUUUGCUAACAGAUAAUCAGAAGAUUUUCAAAGUAGUUGCAUUAAGCUUACUGUGUUUUCUUGACAUUUGAGGAGAAGGGGUCUUAGAUCUGGUUCCUGAUGAGACUUGUGCUGAUUAAACUAUUGCUCUUUGUAUCCAGUCUUACUCAUUCGUCUGUUUAACUUCUCAUUUUUGGCAUAUAGAGAAGGGCUGCAUAAGUUGCUGCUGACGGAGCUUGUACUGCUGUCAAACGGGGAACUUGGAUAACCCUUUCACUCGACCAAAAGCUUUCAUUCACGCUUGAUUCUGCUGCACUAGUAUGACGAAAGCAAAAGAGCUACCGGAUCCAGCCCUGACCAGUGAGAAGAAAUUGGUAAUCCCAGUAGGACCCAGGUUUCAGGUUGAUGUUGAUGUUCCAGAUUGGGCCAACUCUCCGAAUAAGGGAACUCCAGUUGUAGCAGCAGAUAAUGCAUUAAGAGCUUCUAUUCCAUCAAUGGAGGAAAUGGUAUGCAAGUAUAAAAAGGAGGAAUCUGAUACUUCAAAAUGGCUUGGUACACUGGUAUGGCCAACAGACGACAACCUAGAAAACAAGGAAGUUAACGAGGCAUUGGUUGGGAAAGGGAGAAACGAACAUUGUUCUUGUAGGUCCCCUGGAUCUUUCGAGUGUGUUAAAAGACACAUUAAAGAAGAAAGCAUGAAGUUGAAGUCUGAACUGGAGACAGCCUUCAAUGUCUGGAAGUUUGAUGAAAUGGGAGGAGAAGUUUCCCAGUUGUGGAACACUAAGGACCAAAAAAAGUUCAGGUCCCUCGUUAAGACCGGUCUGUCUAAAGGCAAAAGCUUCAUGAAACCAGCAUUAGCAUCUUUUCCUUCCAAGAAUAGGCAAAGCAUUGUCAACUAUUACUUCAAUGUUCACAUUCCUCAGCGUAUCAGGUCAAAUGGUAUAACAAUUAACACCGAUGAUGAAGAUGAAGAAGAGGAAGAAGAUGAGGAAGAGGAGGUCACUGCUCCCAGACAUUCUCGUAAAAGGAAUCGAGCAAACAAAGGUGUCUCUACUAGUUCUAAAUCUCUGAAGACAAAGUACCUAAGUGGUCGACGAUGACACCAGAAGUAUCAAUAUACAUUCUUUUUUAGUUGUCAUAGAAAUGGAAUAUACAGAGAGAAAUGUAUUUUAUCACUCAAUCCAGGGAGAGUUUUGGGAUGGGGUUCACAUUUUAUACAUAGGUUUUAAAGUCAAGAAAAGGUGACAUUUUUUGGAUAUUGAUGCAAUGUAUUGAGGUCUGAUAGGAUCGCACAAAAAAACUAUACAUAAAUACAUUGAUAUCUGGAUUUGAGAGGAUAUUGCUUCUUCUGUUUCCUUCAUAAAGGAACAAUAUGGCUUCUUACAUCCAGCUUCAUACAUUGUCUUUUAUCUCUC